AUGGAAGGUGGCCGGGAAAUUGGUCAGAUUGUGGAUGAGGUUCCCAAUCAAGCAACUUCAAAGUUGAAUGUCAAAUCCAAAUACAGGCAUCAAUUCUACCAGGAGGCAGAUAAAGUGGUUGUAACUUGUAACUAUGUUGGCAAAAGAACAAACAUUGACUUGAUUGAUGUCCUUUACAGCUUAGCGUUAUCAUUGACGUCCCUGGUGAGGAUGCUUGUCACUUUCAAGCCAGCCUAUUUGGAAAGGUUGCACCAGAAAGUUGCGAAUACAAAGUCUUGCCAAGCAAAAUUGAAGUCCACCUUGCUAAAGCUAAAGAGAGCUGAGCCCUUAAACUGGACUUCUCUUUACAGUGCAGUUGCUCAUAAAGUUGCUGUCGUUUCAGGCACUGGAUGUCGGAGGCCCUCGAAUCCAUCACCAAAACGACAUAGGAUAGACUCUGGUGAAGUUGAAGCUGAAAAAUUGGGGGAGAAUAGAGAAAAGUUGGGUGCAGAUGCAUUUCAGGAGAACAGAGAAAAGUUGUGUGCAGAUGCAGUUCUGCCUGCUGUUAUGCGAAGGCGCGUCUCCGAAGAAGGAGCUGGACUUCUCGAGAAAAGCCAACAUGAUUAG